GUUCCGGGCCUGCGGGUCUACAAACUAGCGUCUUCUGGGUUCUGGGUGCCGGUAGACCCUCCCCGCAGCAAAGCAGAGCAGGUGUACGAGCUACAACGAGCGGUCGGUCUGGCUGGUGAAGGGCACGGGGCAGGGUAUAGCGACGGUGGUGCGCCGCAGGGGUCGGUCAGGCGGCCUGCAGGUACCUCGGAGCCAGGGACUCACUCCCGGCACCGACGGGCGCGAUGAAGGCACUGAUUUUAGUGGGUGGCUAUGGGACGCGACUACGGCCGCUGACGCUGAGCACCCCGAAACCACUAGUGGACUUCUGCAAUAAGCCCAUCUUGCUGCACCAAGUGGAGGCGCUUGCCGCGGCAGGUGUGGACCACGUAAUCCUGGCUGUGAGCUACAUGUCACAGAUGUUGGAGAAGGAAAUGAAGGCUCAGGAGCAAAGGCUAGGAAUCCGAAUCUCCAUGUCUCAUGAAGAGGAGCCUUUGGGGACAGCUGGGCCCCUGGCACUGGCCCGAGACUUGCUCUCUGAGACUGCAGAUCCUUUCUUCGUACUCAACAGUGAUGUGAUAUGUGAUUUCCCCUUCCAAGCUAUGGUGCAGUUCCAUAGGCACCAUGGCCUGGAGGGCUCCAUCCUGGUAACCAAGGUGGAAGAACCUUCCAAGUAUGGUGUGGUGGUAUGUGAGGCUGACACAGGCCGAAUUCACCGUUUUGUUGAGAAGCCGCAGGUAUUUGUGUCCAAUAAGAUCAAUGCAGGCAUGUACAUCCUGAGCCCUGCUGUGCUGCAGCGCAUCCAGCUGCAGCCUACGUCCAUUGAGAAAGAGAUCUUUCCAGUUAUGGCCAAGGAGGGGCAACUCUAUGCCAUGGAACUGCAGGGCUUCUGGAUGGACAUUGGACAGCCCAAGGAUUUCCUCACUGGCAUGUGCCUCUUCUUGCAAUCACUGAGGCAGAAGAAUCCAGAGCGACUAUGUUCAGGCCCUGGCAUUGUGGGGAAUGUGCUUGUGGACCCAAGUGCUCGUAUUGGCCAGAACUGCAGCAUUGGACCCAAUGUAAGCCUGGGUCCUGGCGUCGUGGUGGAGGAUGGCGUGUGCAUCAGGAGGUGCACGGUGUUGAAAGAUGCUCAUAUCCGUUCCCACUCCUGGUUGGAGUCAUGCAUUGUGGGCUGGCGCUGCCGUGUGGGCCAGUGGGUACGCAUGGAGAAUGUGACAGUGCUGGGCGAGGAUGUCAUAGUUAAUGAUGAACUCUACCUCAAUGGAGCCAGUGUGCUGCCCCAUAAGUCUAUUGGGGAAUCAGUGCCAGAGCCUCGUAUCAUCAUGUGAGAUAUGUAGAGCUGGCCAAGUCCCCACUUCCCCAUCAGCAGGUGUAGGAGUGACUUGACACAUCAGAAGACCCUGGACUUGGUGCCAUUUGUCUGGGGAAGACUGGAUGAAGCUGGAGCCGUUAAACAUUUGCUUUCUCAUGGGGACAUUAACUGAAAGGAUCCCUGCUGGGCAGAACCCACAAAGCCUACUCCCUCAAGAAGAGCUGGGGCCAGGGCUGUAUGGAAUAAUAAUUUAAUGCUCACUGU